AUGGAAGUUACUGAUGUUGUGAUCGUAGGUGCUGGCCCAUCUGGUCUUGCAACCUCAGCUUGUCUGACAAAGUAUUCGAUCCCUCACAUAAUCCUCGAGAAACAUGAUUGUAAUGUUUCUCUUUGGAGAAAACACACUUACGAUCGAGUCAACCUACACCUUGCUAAAGAGUUCUGUUCUUUACCCUUAAUGCCUCACUCACCAUCAAGUCCAACAUUUCUCUCCAAAGCUGAAUUCCUCAACUACAUCGACAACUACGUCAGCCAUUUCAAUAUAAGCCCUCGUUACAAUCGUAUGGUUGAUGUCGCUGUGUAUGAUGAAGCUGAGAAGAAGUGGAAGAUUGAAACAACCAACACUCAAGUGGGAGAGCGUCGUGAAGCUUACGUGGCCAAGUAUGUUGUGGUGGCGACCGGUGAAAACAGUGAAGAGUACAUUCCUGAGGUGAGUGGAUUGGACAGCUUCGAAGGAGAGAUAGUGCACUCCAAGAAUUACAAGUGUGGUUCUAAGUAUAAGGGCAAAGAGGUUCUCGUUGUUGGCUGUGGAAACUCUGGCAUGGAGAUUGCUUAUGAUCUUAAUGAUUUUGAAGCUCGAACUUCCAUUGUUAUCAGAAACCCGGUGCAUCUGCUUACAAAAGACUUGGUGCAUCAAGGUAUGUCCAUGCUGAAAUAUUUGCCGACACAAAAAGUGGAUACAGUGAUAAUGUUUCUUGCAAACUUGGAGUACGGUGACCUCUCUGAAUUUGGUAUUCAUCGACCCGAGGAAGGACCUUUCUAUCUUAAAAAAGUCACUGGGAGGUCUCCUGUCAUUGACAUCGGAACCAUUCGAAAGAUUCGAGACGGAGAAAUUAAGGUCGUUCCUUCUGCGAUAAAGAGAAUUGAGAAGAAGAAGGUGGUCUUUGAGAACAAUAUGGAGAAAGAUUUUGAUGUGAUCGUGUUCGCUACUGGGUUUAAAAGCAUAGCUAACACCUGGCUCAAGGACUACAAGUAUGUUCUGAACGAAGAAGGGAUGGCAAAGAAUGAAGUUCCGAAGCACUGGAAAGGAGAGAAGGGGAUAUACUGCGCGGGACUUUCAAGGAGAGGUCUGUUUGGAGUUUCCAUGGAUGCAGAGGCUAUUGCAGAUGACAUCAAUCUUACCUUAAAAUUGGCGGCUCAACCCUCUUCCUUACCAUGA